GCUCCAUGAAGGUUUUUGGACAAUGAUCCGGAUGGUGCAACAGUGCUUCAAAAAUGAGUAUUUCGACAACUUGCUACACGCUUGCAAACCUUGUCACCUUCGAUGUCCUAAGUCACCACCCGUGGUGUGUCAGAGUUACUGUAGUGCAAGUGCAACUGGUUCAGUCAAAAUAACAGAUGAGAUUCUUUGGAUCUGUUUGGGGAUGGGAGCUGUUUUGUCUUUGACAGUUUUCGUGCUGACAUUCUUAUUUAAGAAGAUGAGUCAAGAGCAAACAAAGGAGGAACUUAAAAAUACAGGCGUCCGAGAUCCGGCCGUCCCGAAGGGCGCGAAGGAGGACGAAGCCAGUUUUCCUCUCCGGGCGGGAACGGCCACCAAGGUGACGGUCGAAGAGUGUACCUGCGAAGAAUGCCACUCGGGGAACCCGAAGGAGGCCACCCGCCCUUCGUUCCCGCUCCCAGCCACGCAGGAAGGGGCAACUGUCCUCGUCACCACCAAGACAAACGACUGUUACAAGGGUGGGCCGGGGGUUGGGGGUGACACCUUCUCAGGGUUGUGGGAAUCAGCUUUACUCCAUCAUCAUCCAUGAGCCUGACGCGGGGCCCGCCCUCCUCCAUCAGGUUGCCUGCUGUUGGUAAAGGGGAGACUCUUUAAAAAAAAAAAUUAAAAAAAAAAUAAUAAAAAAACUUCAGCUG